AGAAGCGCCGCUCGCCGCCCCGCUGCGCCUUGUGUGCGCGCAGGCGGGAGUGACUCGGCGGAGGUGCGCGGCUCGGCGCGGGCUGCAGGUGGCGGCGGGGAAAGCGGCGGCAGAAGCAGCAGCAGCGCCAUGAGCGGGACUGGGGCGGCGGCCAGCGCCGCUGCCGCUUCUCUGGCGGCGGGCAAGAGCGAGAAACUGGACGAGGCGCAAGCGCUGGCCCGCAGUUGCGCCGGGAGACCCGACUUCCAGCCUUGCGACGGGCUGUCGAUGUGCACCACGCACAGCCACGGACGCUGUUUCCGCCUGCACUGGUGCUGCCACCUGGGCUGGUGCCACUGCAAAUACGUCUAUCAGCCUAUGACUCCAGUAGAACAACUUCCAAGCACAGAAAUACCUGUUCGGCCUCGGGGAACCACAAACACCAUUCAGAUAUCUGUCUCGCUCACGGAACACUUUUUGAAGUUUGCACCUGUCUUCCAGCCACCGUUACCCCCAGAUUCCCCACGGUUCUGCACAAUCGCGGACCUCUUUAUUGACAAUUACCGUGUGAAAUGCAUCAAUGGGAAGAUGUGUUACGUGCAGAGGCAACCUCCUGCUCCCCCCAAUAAAACGAAGCCUCAGGAGGUCACCACACGCAAUGCCUUAAUUUUGAGAGAGAAUAAUACACCAAAAAUAGAUCAUUGCUCUUCCCCCUCCAGCUCUGAGGACUCUGGGAUCAAUGCUGUUGGGGCUCACUAUAUGGAGUCAUGUGAUGAGGACACAGAGGAAGGGGCGGAGCUAAGUUCAGAAGAAGAUUAUAGUCCAGACAGUAGCUGGGAACCGGAUGAGUGUCCCCUCCUAUCACCCUCACAAUGCGAACUAGAAGUGAUUGAGACCAUAGAAACCACAGUGUGAAGUGCUGAGCUGGAAACUAGCUAGGCAUACUUAAAACAAUACCGGUUUUCUAGCAUUUAUACUAGCUUUUUUCUGACAGGUCCUUUUUUCCAAUGCACUUGACAACCCACAGAGGAAUGUAGUUAACAGUAUUUAGUCACUUGUGAAUUAGUUGUUUGAUCCUAAUCAAACCACUGAAUUUUCAAGAGCCCUAUUGUAUAUUUUUAAAGUUACAGAUUUGACGUAUUUUUUAGUUCUAGACUGUGCCUGAUUUUGGUAUGGUGCACUUAAUUUGCAAAAAUCAGGUCAAAUUGUGAGCUGUUCCUAUUAGUUCCAAAUUACUCCUUCAGAGCAAGGAGGCAGCCUUUCAUCAGCACACCAAAUGUUUGGGUGAACAAAGCCCUUCUUUAUUUAGUUUUUUUAUUUUAUGUAGGAGACCAAGACCCACAAGU